CACGACAGUGAAUGUCUAUAUACGGCAGGGUCGGUUUCAUAGUGUGCUCGUUUCAUAAAUUUGGACCAACGGUGUUAACGCGAUCAAUCUGCUGGAUUAUCAACAUUUUUCAUAAUGGGAAUAGCCGACGAGGCUGACCGGACUUUAUUUGUCGGGAACUUGGAUCCCAAAGUAACAGAAGAACUUAUAUUCGAGCUGUUUUUACAGGCUGGGCCACUGAUUAAAGUAAAAAUCCCCAAAGACAAUGAUGGAAAAUCCAAACAGUUUGCAUUUGUAAACUUUAAACACGAGGUCUCUGUGCCCUAUGCUUUAAAUAUGCUGAGUGGAAUUCGUUUAUUUGGAAGACCGCUCAACAUACAGUUCAGAUCCGGCAGCAGUCAUAUUAACCAGGAGGGCAAAAGUCCAGCAAACUCUCAAAACCCCAGUCCAGCAAAUACACCGGGUCAUCGUGGUGGAAGAACCCCCGAGCAGAUGGGCUCUCCUUCCUAUUCCCCUCCGCAGCAUCUGCAAAGGUCUUUCAAUUCACCUGACAGUCUACAAAGACAGGCAAUGGUGAACAAUAUGUGGCAACUUCAGAUGCAGCAGUUGCAACAGCUUAAUGGCGCCUUCGAGAUGGGAAUUCAGCAGCAAAGGGGAGCAGGAGACGGUAACUCCUGGCGACAAGAUUGGGCUAGUCAACGCGGUAAUCGACACUCCCAUCAGGAAAACAGCAGCCAUUAUGGCAGAGAUCAACGUCACGGUAACAGCCAGAGCAACCAGGACCAUCAUCGGCGUGAUAGGGGUGACUUCUUUCAGCACGAUGACCGUAGUGGAGGGCGCAACAGAAAUUACACUCCUGAACGGCGGAGAGACUCAAGGGAUGCCUCUAGAGGGGAACGAUCGAAACGAUUUUAAAAGACUAACUUAUGAACUGUAGUUUCUCUGUAUUUUUUUUAAUCAACUGUUUUUAUUAACUUCGUUUUCCCCCUAGAUUUUUAAAUAUGUUUUCAGUUUAAAAGGCUUCAGUUUAAAAAAGGUGACUGCUAUAGGGGAAAUUUUUAUGUGGAUCAGAAAUGCUUUUGAGACAUGCAAGAAAAAAAUAGAAGCCAGAAACGAACCAUUCUGUACUCUGGCCAUUUAAAAAAAAAAAUCAUAUUUUGGUUUCAGGGAACCUAUGAUUGUGGGUUUUUUUAUUUAUAAGAUUUUCCUUUUAAGGAAAACACCAGAUUUAUAUACAAUCUUACAAGAAAAGAAAAUGUGUUAUGGUAGAUGUAAUAAUGUCAAUGUUUUCCAUUUUGUAAAUUCUCAGGAUUAGAAUAGAAACCCAGUUUUCAGGUGCUUUCUGUCUUGAUGAUGUUUUUAAACUUUAUACAUUACACUUUUGAGGACACUUUUGAAAAUCAAACAUUUGUUACAGUUAACUCUUAUUUCUGUAAGACAGUCUUGGAACAAUAACUAGUUUUUAAUGCUGUUGUAUUUUUUUAUUGUCAAGUCUUAGUCCUGAUGCUUGAUAAUUAUAAAAUGUACAGCUUACUGAGA